UAAAAGCCAGUGCCAGACAGUUCAAGUUUUAGUAUCAAAUCGAAAAUGCAGUUGCGGUUUAUAUUAUUGCUCCUGGGCUUGGUAGCCGUUGGAAAUUCACUUGGCACAAGUCAACUGGAAUCAAAAACCCCAUUACCUAAUGUAAACAAGGAGGAGAAACCGAGUUUAAAACCCUGCAAACCCAUCGAAACUUCGAGUUCAAAGCCAAAAGGACUAGGCAUUACUCCUAAAGUCGCGUCAGUUACUCCGGAGUCAACUACAACUUCUGGCAAAAACGUAAAAGUAGUUGAUACAAGUCUAGAUGAUUGCGAACCCAUUACACAGGGUAUUGGAUCACGAUUGAACGCGAGAACUCUGCAAACACUGGUUAUAAAAUAUGAUAAGGAGAGGGUAUAGCUGAGUGAAACAUGAAAUUCAUUAAAUAACAUUUAUAUAAACUUCCUUUCAAUAAUAAAUACAUACAAAGAAAGUCGUUAAAAUUCUAAGAAGAAAAAUUCUAAGUUGAUUGAUUAAAGCAAAACUGACUUAACAA